AUGAGCAUUCCAUCCCCAUUUAACACCGAGUCCGGCCUUGCGCCGAGGGUGAAUGCCCUCGAGGUGGUGUCUGCUGAAGCGCGCACCGCCCAAAUUGAAGCCGCUUGUUCCCAACUUUUUGUGGCGCUUUUCCUGGUCCUCCUCCAGCGCGCGAGUCAGGUGGCGAGCUGGGUGAUGACACUGGGAAUCAACGAAUUUUGCCAGUCGUCCUAUGGCCAGCAGGCGGUGAACCUCGACGCAGCCGAUGCCAAUGUCGAGAGAGGCGACGGAGAAAUCGUGGCGUGGCGCAAGACACUGGAGCGAAUCUCGUGGGCGUGGAAGGCAGCCCGGAUUAUGUCGGCGGUGCUCAUCCCGUCGUCCAUCGCUCUGUUCCAGAUCGAACGUGUCCUACGCAAUAGCGCGCCCUUCGUAUGUACCUCGUUUGCCUUCUUAUUUGCUUUGGCAGCGUUCGCAUCGAGCUGCCUGUUAGCGGGCAUGAUGCCGAAGCUUGCCACAUCACACUUGUCAGACAUCUGGAUCAAGGCCACCCAAGGCUCAGUAACCUGGAAAGGCACAUCGCCGGCGAGUGUACAAUUUUGGAUCCUUGUCGAGUUACCUCUGUGUUCCGCUGCCUGGUGA